ACAAGGACAUCUUCGUCUUUUUUUGUUUUUUCUACUCAGGAGUUGAAUGACGAGUUUCUCAAGCGAUUGGAAUAUUAUUUUAAGAGAAAUAAAAGAUUUAGAGUGACUUCUACAAAGCAAAACAAUGUCUUUUAUGUUAAAACACAUGAUAGGGGGGCAGCUGAAGGAUCUUACCGGCGGUCUUAAAGACGAAAAACCUGAAGAAGAAAAGUCAGAUGCUGCGACCAAAGGAAUGACACCAGAAGAGUUAGAAGAAUAUCAACAACAGUUGGCUGAGGAGAAGAUGGAGCGAGAUGCCAGUGUUGCCCAGAAGAAAGCUGAACGGGCAACGGUCAGGAGCCACUUCAGGGACAAAUAUCGUCUUCCAAAAAGUGAGCUGGAUGACACACAGAUUCAGGCAGCGGGAGAUGAUGUGGAGUUGCCCACUGAACUGGCCAAGAUGAUCGCAGAGGACAACCAGGAGGAGGAGCAUAAGCAGUCUGUCCUGGGUCAGCUGACCAACAUUCAGAAUGUGGAUAUUGAUCAGUUAAAAGAAAAGGCCCAGAACACCAUUGAAGACCUUAAACAGUCUGCUGAAAAGUGUGAUGUUAUGUAAUUUCAGUCCUUAUACACAAGCUCCCCAAAGUUGGACUGCUGAUUGAGGAUCAAAUGUUUCCUUGACUUCACUGAUUAUAGCCACUAUUUACAGGAGAAUAAAGGAAAUAGAUCAGAUCCAUCAACAGCAUGCCUGUAAUUAGAUGUUUUGUGAAUUCAGCCUCAGGUUUUUGGGUUAAUGGGUAAAUAUGGCACUAGAAGAGCCUCUACAAAAAGCCAAGCACGUGUAAAUCUGUUGUGUUUAUAUUGAUUAUUGCAAAUACUGUUAGCUGUAUACAUGUACGCAUAGCCAUAGUGGUGACCAAAGGCAAUAAUUAUAAAUUAACAGCUUUCUGCUCAUUGUUUUGUGUGAAGUCUUUGCUUAUUCAUGUGAUAUUCUGCAUCUAAAUUAGUCAGAAAACCUACAAACUACAAAAUAUUUAAAACCAAUAAAUUGCUAAAAUUGAGCUCU